UUUUGACAGUAUAGUUUAUCUUUAAGCGUUGUUGGGCAGUUAUCACGUGACGGAUGCGUAACGCAUGCGUCAAAAAAGGAAAAAUACGGAAUAGACUAUUAAAAAACUAUCAGAGGUUCUGGCUGUUAAAAAAGAUAUUAGAGUAGACUAUUAGAAACCAUGGCGAAAAGAAUUCGACACGGAACCAAGCUAUAAUAUUCUUCCCACAUCCACACACACACACACACACAUAUAUACCGACCGGAUUUGUAUUUCUAAAUAUGGAAGCAACGCACACAAAAUUAGCUCGAUUCUCAUACUUUCAUCGCGAUUUUCCUUUUAAAUCCGUCACCGAAGGGGGACGCGAUAUUCCGGCUGGCAAUGCGAACAAGGUGGAAAGCGAGAGAGAAAACAAGAAGGAGAGGCAAAAAAGGGAGAGAGAGAGAGAGAGAGAGAGAGAAAAUGAAAAAAAGAAAGAGAGAGAGAGAAAAAGGAAUGGGACGAGCGCGGCGCAAAGGGUGAGAGAACGCUCGGGAAGGAGGAGGAAGACGACAACGUAGCAGAAAGAGAGAAACAGCAGGUAGAAUGGCGGAUGGGCGAACGCGCAAGUGCGAGUGAGACGGCGAAGCGAGCAGCGGCGUUUGGCGCGACGAGGACGGAGAGAGGGUGAUCGCGCCCGAAGCUCGCUGGGCUGAAGUUAGUUAGCAGUCGAUGCGCACACGCCACGCGGUUCGGACGUUCGUCGGCUUCGUGCUCCUCUUUCUCUCUCUCUCUUUCCCUCCUUUUCCUCUCCAUCUUCCACAGCUCCGCGCGUCGUGUCGCUUUGUCAACGGCACGUCCGACACUUACGGAGGGAAAUUGCGGUUUCCGUUCGAAAGUGAGUUUCCUCCGUCAACCGAGCGACGCGAACUCUGUGCGUCUGCCGACCGGCCGGCCGGCCGGCCGAAUUUCCGCGAUUUGUCGUUGCCGCGCCGCGAUGUAAAGCGACUCUCAAGCGCCGACAAGCAGUGAAGUUGCGCGAGGAUCGAGAUCGCGCGCGAUGGUGUCGUCUCCGUAUGUCGUCAUUCCGAAAAUCUCGCGGCACAUUCGAUAAAUCGCGCUGAAUCUAUAACGGCCAGCUCCACUUGGUCGUCUAUUUAAAUCGGCCAACCGAAACUUGCGGACUUUUGAACCGUCUCGUGGCGAGAAUGCGAUUCGUUGAGGCGCGUCCGCGCGUUUCCUGCAGGACGUGAAGGUGACGAGGCCUCGACGGGCAACGAGCGAGCUGAUACGUCACAGCGGUUUGUAACGAGCGGCUUAUAAAGAGAAGUCGAGGAGCGCUCCGGCGGGAAGGCGCGCGGCGGUAAACUAGCGCGUCGUGCGCGCUCCUUCAAGGAGGACUUUCUGGAGAAGCUCUCCCACAUGCGUUCUCCCGGUAGCGGUAGCGGCGGCGGAGGCAGCGGGGCGGCCACGAGGGCCGCCUCGCCCUCGUCACCACGUACGCCGCGUGACAAGAACGCCCCGGGCUGCAACGAUUCCGGCAGCGCUCUGGAUAAAAAUCCCCUACGCGACCUGCACAUUCACGUGCGGCAGGUGCAGCUGGCACUGCUCCACUUCCGGGAUGUCGUAUCAAAGAAGAAGCUCGAAAUGCUGCCCGGGAACGGCACCAUUGUCCUUGAUACUGUUACCACCAUACACAAUGCAUUGAAAUCUUACCUGCUCUAUGAGAACAGCUCUACAUUGGGGUCCGCCACGAAUCAGGUGUACCAGGCAUUGGCGCAAUUGCUGAAACUCUGCGACGAUGUAUUACUGCACGGUGAUCAAUCUUCCGCAUUAGACACAGAGAACGUGACGCACGUUAUCGGGCUGGUCGAGGAGGCGGUGAAAAAUCUGGUUGCCCUAGCGCAUGAGAAGAUCGCGAACAAGCAGAAACCCGCGGUUCCUGCGAAUAAUAAUAGAGCUUCCGGGUACGGGUCGGAACUGGCGCAAAGAAACUCUCUGCCCGAUAUACCCCUGACACCGAGAGAACGGCAGAUCUUAGAGCAGACGGCGGCGAGCAGCAGUUUGGUUCGGAGUUCGCACAGUUCAGAGUCGAUUCUACGGGAUUCUAGUCCACCCCCGAAACCCCCGCUGCCUGACAGAACAAAUGUAUGUUUGUCGGAGGAAAACAGCUCUUCUGGUACACCUCCUCCGUUGCCGCCGAAAAGAAGAAUGAGGACCCAACAGCUCUUUGACGAGCCGGAGGGCCUUCUGGCGUCUAGUCUUGAUAGAGUAUCUCUACGAAGUCGAUCCCCGGAGGAUUCGUCGUCCCUCCUUAGCGCAUCUGCCGGUAGCUUGGAUUCGGCUCUAAAUCAUUCCCGAGACGAGGACGAGAUUAGAGCUAUAAUGGGACCAAAUGACGAGUCGUUGAAUGACAGUAUGGACCUAAGUCUCAUGGCUACUAUUCAAGGGAUGCAAGUUAAUGGUACUUCAAACUAUAGUUGCUGGGACGGUUCUGAAACUAGUAUACCGAGUACUAUGUUGCUAGGCCAACAAACACCUCAAGAAAUGCUUAAUCCAUUUACUGGUAUAGAGGGAAAGAUGGAGCGGUUAUCCACUCAAACGCAGGAAUCUGGCUUUGUCUCUAUGCAUUCUCAACGAAGUUCAUCUCAAAGUUACACCACUGCGUCCAGCAUGACGUCCAAGAGAUCGUCGCAACAGAGCAGCAUUAGUUAUAAUUCUCAGUCAUUCAGCACGCAGCAACAGUCAUUUUCUCAGACCAAAUUAUCCUCGGAUAGUAACGGCUCUAUUUUUACACAGAGGACGAUGACUAGUUCCAAAAGUACUAUUAGCACGUCUAAUGUGUCUGGAAACGGGGAUUCAGCAUUAUUAGAAAAACUGGUAAAUGAAAUGGAAUCGACAGCUACGUCCGACUCUAACGGAGUACCACCGGCGUUGCCAGAAAAGCGAUCCAAACGAAGAAAAGAGCGACAGCCCUCGCAGUAUGAUAACGUACCAGAAAACGAGCAUUUAUCCACGUGCGCUUUGCACUCUACUAACGGAGAUAGCCCGGACGCUAAUAAGCCACCUCCUCUGCCUUUAAAGAAACGGCACAUGUUCCAAUCAGUGGCAUAUUCUGUCAUGGCGUACAUGGAGAUGUUUGGGAACUGCUCCCAUAGUAAUAACGAUUUCAUCUCCGGUCUCGGUACCCGUCAUUCUGUAGCAGCUUAUAAUUCGAUGCAGACGGAAUGGCAGCAACACGAGAUGGCCCUUACCACGACCCAAUCGUGUUCCUUCAUGACACACACUAUAACUGCUCUACACGACAGCUCAAGUAUCUCUAUAACCACAGCACCGACUUUAGUAGAGGCAACAAAUAAUUCUAGUCUGCCCCCGGCAUUACCACCAAAGAGAUCUCGUUCCACUAAAUCAAACGCUACACCGCCACCGAUAUCGCCAAAACCUACCAUCAGUAUGCAGAGUAUCCAUAACUCGGAACCACUUGUCGCGUCGACACCUCUGAAAGUAGCAGAAGAGCCCAUUCACGCUCAUGAAAAGAAAGACGUUGCACCUUCCACUCCGGUGAAACUGGUAAACAUAAAUAAUAACAAUGUUAUCAUGGAUACGGUAUUACCGUCUUCUAGACCUGCUAGUAAUGCUCUUUCUUCGAUAUCAGUUGAUGAAAAUACUCUUGAACUAAGAGAUAUCGAUCAGGAUGAUAGUAUUUUGGAUGAAUUAGAUAUUAGCAAAUACUUGGUAUUCAAAAAGGCGGAUGAAGAGGGCCCGGAUAUACGCGGUGGACAUCCAGAUGCAUUAUUAAUACAUGCCACAAAAGCUAAUAAACAUGGUAAUAAGCACGAUGAAAAAGAAUCAGACUUCCUGUACCAAGAGGCAUUUUUAACGACGUACAGAACUUUUAUGCAGCCCUUAGAGCUAAUUCAAAAACUACACAGACGUCAUCAACGUUUUUCAUGUUCACCCGAUGUUGUAAAACAAAGAGCCGCACGUGAGGCAUUUUCUUUAUUAGUUAGAGUCGUUAGCGAUUUGACAAUAUCCGACCUCGAUGAUGUUCUUUUACAAACUCUAAUGGAAUUUGUACAGCAGUUAGUAUGUAGUGGAGAUCUUACAAUGGCCAAAGCGUUGCGAGUGAAGAUAUUGGAAAAGCAUACUGUUAAACAACUGCAAGCAGCACAACCAAUUCUAUCGUCGCUAAGUGUAACAACAAAGCAAGCUUCCUUGUUGGAUUUCAAGAGCGAACAGAUUGCGGAGCAGAUGACACUGCUCGACGCCGAUCUAUUUAUGAAAAUAGAAAUCCCGGAAGUGUUGAUUUGGGCGCAGGAACAGAAUGAGGAAAGAAGUCCGAACCUCACGAGAUUUACCGAGCACUUCAACAAGAUGUCGUAUUGGGCACGUUCCAGGAUAUUAGAGCACCGGUUGGAAAAUGAGGCGAAGGAUAGGGAGAAAUAUGUCGUGAAGUUCAUCAAAAUAAUGAAACACCUUAGAAAGAUUAACAAUUUUAAUAGUUAUCUCGCGUUAUUGUCCGCACUGGACAGUGCACCUAUUAGGAGGCUCGAGUGGCAGAAGCACAUUACGGAGGGUCUCAAGGAAUACUGCGCUCUGAUAGAUAGUUCCAGUAGCUUCCGCGCCUAUAGGCAAGCUCUAGCGGAAACACAACCACCCUGCAUUCCUUAUAUUGGACUUGUAUUGCAAGAUCUUACGUUUGUGCAUAUUGGGAAUAACGAUUUAUUACCGGACGGCACUAUAAAUUUCUCCAAGAGAUGGCAACAAUUUAAUAUUGUUGAAAAUAUGAAAAGAUUUAAGAAAGGCACGUACUCUUUCAAGAAGCAUGAACGUAUCAUAACGUUCUUCAACAACUUUAGCGAUUUCCUCUGUGAGGAGGCGAUGUGGCAAAUUUCCGAAAGCAUCAAGCCACGUGGUGGCAAGAAAGCACAGCCGCAAAACUAGAAUAUACCUAACCCUUUCACUGCCUGCGUCUCGAAAUCGAAAGGCUGAAACAGUGAAUUAGGAUGUUUAUAUUCGUGUAGGUAUAUACUCUUUUGCGGAAACAAAAUGAAAUUCUUCUACAACGCUCUAAGAGCGGUGAAAGGGUUAGCGAGUCUAUCCCGUUUCGACAGCCUCUGUGAGGUUGUAUAUUAUUAUAUUAUUAAACCUUAUGAAAAUUUUAGUAAUGCGCAAACAUAUGUGUGAAUUCCAUAUUUAGCAGAUCUAAUAUAACGUAAAAGCACCAUUUUAACUUGAACAUAAUUAUGUUUGUAAGCAUCGAUUAGAUCGAAACGCCAAAACGCGAGUCCACAGGAGGGAAAAACUUUGGUACACUAGGCGAAACUGAAUAUCUAUGCCCCGACACACUUUUAGUAGUCUUUCCGUUUGCUACAAGCCGAUAUACGUAUUUGCUAUGAACAUAUGUAACUUAUACUUAACUACAACUGUAACAGUGUUUAUCGUAAUAUUAACGAAAAAAACCCCGGUCUUCAGCUGUUCUAGGUAAAAAAGAAAUUUAAGAACAAUUUAUUUAUUUGCCUUCGCUAGUGAAUUGUAUAAAGUAGUAAAUGUUUUUUCAUUUUUAACUUAUUUAGAUAUAUGUGAACGUCCAUUUCUAGCUUUAUGUAGGUAGUGAAUUUUCGAGCGUCAACAGGACACUGUUGAUUACACAAGGAUGAACACCAAUUACGUUGAUUAAUGUAGAGCCAUCGUAGUCUCGUUAUAGCGCUCUGGAGUGCGCAUAUCGGGACACAUGGUAUGACUGAGCGCAGCUGUUACAUAUACUAUUGUAUAUGAUGAUAGGAAAGAAAAAACUUGGCGAGAUCACAUAGGUAUUAAUUUGCGCUUCGUGAAUGAUCUUUUCGCUCGAUCGGGAGAUACAUUGUGAAGGUGCAAAUUAAUGUUAGUAAUCACAGUAAAAGCACCCUUUUGUUGGCAACUUGUUAAUAGGUAUCUGAGCUUUCAGCUUUAAAUCGCACACGACUACCUAGUAAUUAUUAAAUAUUCUACAGGAUGAUUCAAAACAACCUUCCAUUAUUAAAAAUAUAAAAUCCUGAUAGAAUUCUAAAACAAUUUUUCCUCUUGCAAAAUUUUGACAAAAGCUUAGAUUUUAAAUUAUUAACAAAAAUAGUAGACCUAUUGCGGGUCGGGUACGGGAGGUAGACAGGUGCGACGCAACUCACCGUCAGACGUGGACGCUAACGCGGAGUACCCGCAGCAAUCAGCUGAUCACACUACACAUGUUAUACACUAGCUACGUUCCAAUAUUCAUUGCCAGCAUAAAAAUCUGUAUUUUCUGUGACGUUAGGUGAUUGUUAUAACUGGCAAAAAUUUUAGAAAACAGCCAGGAUUGUACGCGCACACACAUGCAAGCACGUUCUCGGUCUCUCCGAGUCUUUCUGUCUCUUUCUCACUCAUUCACUCGUAUUCAUUGCACGACCAAUGCGAAGCGGCGGUCGUGCGUGGUGGGGGAUGGACCAAUGGACAUCCCGCGACGAUCAUAUAAAUGCGUUGAAACAAUCGAUGCGUUAAUCAAUAAUCCUGCGGUUAUUGGAAGCGUUAACGUCAAGACGAUAUGGCAGC